AUGCGUGCCUACCAAGUUCUCGCUGUCUUGAGCGCCUUUGCGGCUCUGGCUGUCGCUCACCCGCAAUAUUACGGAGGACAUGAAGAGCAGCACGGCCACAAGCAGCUCUAUGAUUACUAUGCGCAUCCGAAGUACCACUUUGACUACGCCGUGAGCGACCCGCACACCGGCGACUUCAAGAACCAGUGGGAGACGCGCGACGGCGACGUUGUCAAGGGCGAGUACACCGUGCACGACCCUGACGGCACCAUCCGCACCGUCAAGUACACCGCCGACAAGCACCACGGAUUCAACGCCGUCGUGCACAAGACCGGCAAGUCGCAUCACCCCCAGCAUUACGGACACCACUACUAG